AUGCAUGAGGAAAGACCCUGUGGGCAGGGAAGGGCUGGCGAGGGAAGGUGCUGUGCUAUGGCAGGCUCCCCGGGCUUGCAAGGACUCUGGACACUACAGGAGGGGACCACGGGUGUCUACACUGCCCUGGGCUAUGUGCAGGCUUUCCUGGGAGGACUGGCACUGUCCCUGGGGCUUCUGGUCUAUCGUUCUCUGCACUUUCCCUCCUGCCUCCCAACAGUGGCCUUCCUAUCUGGCUUGGUGGGGCUGCUGGGCCCUGUGCCAGGCCUCUUUGUGCUGCAGACCCCCGUGUUGCCCAGUGACCUCCUGAAUUGGAGUUGUGUGGGGGCAGUGGGGAUCCUCAACUUGGUCUCCUUCACAUGUGUGGGCUAUGCGGUCACCAAGGCCCACCCUGCCCUGCUGUGAGCUGUCCUGCAUUCCGAGGUGGUGGUGGCCCUUAUACUGCAGUAUUAUAUGCUCCAUGAGACUGUGGCACCUUCUGACAUCGUGGGGGCAGGGGUUGUGCUGGGCAGCAUUGCCAUCAUUACAGCCUGGAACCUCAGCUGUGAGAGGACAGGGAAGGUGGAGGAGUGAGAUAGAACUUGGGAGC